ACCUGGUAUUAAACGACUUUUUUUCCUGUUAUAGGCCUAUUUAUUUAACUGCUAGAGUCGGUUUAAAAACAAAAUCAGUUCGAUAAAAGUUUAGCCACCAUUUUGACCUGUAAACAUCAGCUCGCCUCGAUAACGUUACGUGUGGAGCACAAGAGAUAAGGUACGCAGCAUAAAAUAAACUCUACUCUAAAAAUAUUGAGAUUAUACAGCAAGUGGUACCAUAGUACAAGUAUUAUGUACUUGUAAUAUGGGUAAUGUGGAUAAACUCACUAUAUCACUAUCUAAUUAAUACAGUUUCUGGAAAAUGAUUAAUAGAUAUAACCACAUGAGAAUGGCUUAUUUGGCUCAAACGAUACAUGACAAAUCUUCAAAUUGGUGCAUUGGCUGAUGAUUUUACAUUCAAUGUAAUUUGCUUGACCUGUCAUUUCUACAAGUGAGGGUACAAUGCACACUACCAUAUGCCUCACUGAGAUGUUUGGUUUUCAAAAGGAGAAGGUUUUCACAACUUGUUUAUUUCCACAAUAAGAAAACAUGCAUUGCAGUGUAAAAAUAGAAGAAAUAAAUGUGCAUUGUCCAAAAAAAGCUAAGCUAAAAAUUAUAUAUAUAAUAUUAUAUUCCAUGAUAUUAUUAUAUUUUGAAUUGUCACCUGCCACCUGAAUUGUGUUUCCCUUUAUAUAAAUAAAGACAUUUCCACCAGAAAUUGGUGUAGAAAAUUUCACCAGAAUGCAGGAAAUUAUGUUUAAUGCCCAAAAUUUUCUUGGGGAGGAGCCCCAGACCCCCCACUCAUAUAUUUCUGCAUUUCAUAUUUCUUCAAAGUAGUCCUCAAAUUUGUACUUGUCCUGUUCUUGUGAAUCCAAUAUUGUGCUUUGCCACGUCUCGUGUAUCAUCACAGCACUAAUCUGAGCCCUUACUCCACAACUUUUCAACACAAAGUGACGCCCUUGGUAAACUAGCUUAAGUUUGUGCACCAUUUGAAUUACUGCAGCAUGAAUGGCUCCCAAGUCUGUCAGAUACUAUGCUCAUGAAUUUAAACACUGUGUUCACUGUUGUACGAAUGUCUGGUAUCACUGAGAACUCUUUUUUGUUCACCCAGUCUACAGACUACUAGACAGAAUGUAGCUGGGUGGUCAGUGGUUUGAUGUGUCCUGUGGUCCAUUCAAGUCAAUCAUUACACACAGGGUACACAAGUAGAGUCGGUCUCUGGUCAGAUCUUUGCUACACUGCCUGACUGCUGAGCUGGAGCACACAUAACAGUCUUCCACAGGAAUCCACAGGCCUUAUAUCCGAUUUACAACCUUCACAGGCAAUUUCUGCUCAGACCCACUGAACUUUCCAUGGCCCGUGUUCUUUCCCUGGUCCGGCUUCAGCCUUUUCUCACCCUUGUGGGCAGGAGAAAACCUAUGCCAUGCACAAUGUCAAUGGACUCAAGGGCACGUGGGGUGUUUGCAGCUGCAGUGGAAGCUGUGCAGCCAGACACUGUGGUCCGGCAGAGUAUAGAGCGCAAGGAGGACUCAGUUGUUAUCUGUGGUCGCAAAUUCACACUCCAACACAAUCUGCACUUGGUGGGCUUUGGAAAAGCUGUACUGGGUAUGGCUGCCGAGGCUGAGAGGAUUUUGGGGGAUCACUUAGUAAAAGGAAUAAUAAGUGUGCCACAUGGGAUUCAGCAGACAUUACAGCAUCAUGGGAAAAACCAUCUGUUGUUAAAAGAAAACAGCCACAUUAAAGUAAUGGAGGGAGCUAAACACAACUUGCCUGACACUGAUGCCCAGAAGGCAGCUGAAGGGAUCAAGCAGUUAGCGAAUGAACUGACGGAGAAAGACUUGCUGCUUGUACUGAUUUCAGGUGGAGGCUCUGCACUAUUGCCUGCGCCCAUCCCACCAAUCUCGUUGCAAGAGAAACUUGAUGUUACCCGCAAACUUGCCGCUGCUGGUUCCACCAUUCAAGAGCUGAACACUGUGCGGCGCGCCCUGUCUUUCUUAAAAGGUGGAGGGCUUGCACAUUGUGCUCACCCUGCCCAGGUGAUUGCACUGAUAUUGUCCGAUGUAAUUGGGGACCCUCUGGACUUGAUAGCCAGUGGCCCCACAGUGCGGAGUGAGGUGUGGCCUGAAGAAGUUUUGUCAGUUUUUGAACGUUACAAGCUGUUGAACUUUCUACCAGCCUCAGUAAAGGAAGUCCUUGGAAGACCAAGUCCCCGGUGGAGGGAGAAUACAGAUGAAUCUAACACAUUGGGACAUGUUCUCAAUGCUGUGAUUGGCUCCAACAGUGUUGCCCUUCAGUGUGCUGGUCGCCGGGCCCGAGAGCUAGGUUUCCGUCCUGUUGUGCUGGCACCAGGAGUGUGUGGUGAUGUAAGGGCAGUCUCCAGACUUUAUGGCCUCUUGGCCCACUUUGCCUGUUCUCAAAAGGAACCUCCUCCCGAGAUUGCCGCUGAGUUGCUGAGGCUGGGGCCUGAAGUAGGAGUGGAGAGCUGGGACCUCUGCCGUACCAUGCAGGUCUUGGAUGAAGGGCGUACGGAAGGAUGGGGCGCCACGUGUCUUUUAGCUGGAGGUGAGCCCACUGUGGAGCUGACAGGCAAGGGUCGAGGUGGUCGAAACCAGGAACUGGCCCUGCGAGUGGGACUGGAGCUGAGAGGCCUGGGACUCCCGCCUAAUGGUCCUGUUUUCCUGAGCGGUGGAACUGAUGGUCAAGAUGGACCCACUGAGGCAGCAGGGGCCAUUACUGAUGGGGGGUUGUAUGAAGAGGCACAAACACAGGGGUUGGACAUCGACAACUUCCUUACCAACAAUGAUUCUUACACUUUUUUUACACGUCUUUCUGCUGGGCAGCGAUUACUUGUACCUGGCCUAACCUGCACAAAUGUGAUGGAUGUGCACUUGCUACUUAUCCCACCAAUUCCCGUUAACAUAAGAUAAUUCCAAAGCACACAGAAUAAAAUGAGUUAAGUAUUAUCCGUCUGACUUGUAUUGUACUACCUGUUUUGUUUUUUUUCAACGAUAGUUUUUUUUGGCCCAUUUAUGUGAAACGCUUUGUAAAUCUACACGAAAGACUGAUAUUGCAAUUUAAAAUUCAACCAAGUAUAUGAUAGGAUUGGAAUAAAAA